AUGUCCGAUACGAAGCACAUUAAAGUUCUUUACAUUCACGGACGUAACAGAGAACUUUUCAAGAUUGCCGCGUUUUCGCGUGUUAUCUCCUCACAAACAUUAAAGUGUAAAUUUCUAUCGGAACACUUUGAUGUCAGAUGUUUGGAUAUGGAAACCAAAGAUAUCAACAAAGAUAUAAAACUCCAAGAAGAAGAAAUACGUAGAUUUCGACCUGAUGUCGUAGUGGGGAGUUCUUAUGGUGGCGCCAUUGCCGUUACUUUGCUUCAAAAAGGUACUUGGAAAGGUCCAACAAUUUUACUCGGACAGGCUUUUGUCAAAUAUGCGAAUAAUGAUAUCUCAAAAUUCUGGCUGCCAGAAGGAGUCGAAAUCACCUUGAUUCACGGAACAAAGGACUCGAUUAUACCGGUUGAACACAGUCGAUUAUUGGCAACGAAAGGCACCCACGAAUUAGUCAAACUUGUUGAAGUUGAUGAUCAACACGAGUUACUCAGCUUGAUCGAUAAUCAAUGGUUUUUGGAUCUGAUUCAAGAUGUUCACAAUAGGAAAAGGAAUCAUUCCUCAUCUCCGUGA